AUGCCGACCUCAAAGCCCGGCGGAGGCAAAGGCACGCACAGCUGCCGGGAGUGCAAGCGGCGGAAGAUGAAAUGUGUCUUGGAAUCGGCCGCAAACGCCACUGCUUGCUAUGGCUGUCGGCGAAGAGGCUCUCCGUGUCUCAGCCAGGAGUUCCCGGAAGACAGCGCGAUAGACAUGGAGAUGAUCGCGAAACUGAAUAACGCUGCUGGCAGAGCAGAGACGGUGUCAACUCUCUCGAGCGAAAACACACCUCCGUCAGAUAAGCCUCUUACACCUACGUCCAUGACUUCGGAGCCUCUACGACAGCUGGCAUUCCACAAAUCUGAGAGCCUGUCUCGAUUCCUGCACGGAUCGCUGCCUUCUCGUGAAGAUACCGAAAGGAUAUAUAACGCGAUUCCUCAACGGCCUGUGCUUGCUCAUGAAAUGAUGACGAUGCCGUACACUUGCCUCUCCCAGAACGACCGAAUCCAAUCCGGAAACUCCUUCGAGAUCCCGGACCCGAAAAUGCAUCCAGUACUGAUUGCAAGGCAUAUGCUCCUGCUCGCCAGCCUCCUACAACAUCUUCACCCUGAGGUCCAUGCCGACAUCAAAGGUCUUUCAGAAACACCACGAGUCAUGUCGGAACCGGUAGCCAACCUCGCCAUCAGCUACGUUACGACUAAGGACGAACUGCUUGGCAGUAUCGAAGGCCUCGGCUGCAUCAUGAUUGAGAGCGUAUAUCAAGCGAACAUCGGAAACCUCCGACGAAGCUGGGUAGCGGGUCGAAGAGCUGUCAGCGUUGCGCAACUUAUGGGUCUCAACCGCUCGAAUAACCGCGCACAGUACGAAGUACUAGACUCUAGGACGAAAUACGACCCACGCGUCAUGUGGUCUCGGAUCGUCUUCCUGGGCCGCUUCCUUUGUCUUAUGCUCGGCCUCCCACAAGGCUUGUACUGA